GGUGUCCGUGGGCUCUGUGGUUCUGUUUCAACAUGUUGACAAGGAAAUCCCCUUCAAGGUGUCCGUGGGCUCUGUGGUUCUGUUGCAACAUCUUGACAAGGAAAUUUCCUUCAAGGUGUCCGUGGGCUCUGUGGUUCUGUUGCAGCAUCUUGACAAGGAAAUUCACUUCAAGGUGUCCGUGGGCUCUGUGGUUCUGUUGCAAAAUCUUGACAAGGAAAUUCCCUUCAAG